CUCGGAGCCGUGGCCCAGCCGGGAUGGCGAUCCCGUUCGCUCCGCGCCGGGGAGCCGGGGCUGCCAACCGGCGCUGGUUCGUGCUGCUGCCGCCCCUGCUGCUCGCGCUGCUGCUCGCGCGGCCCGCGGCGGCCCUGGUGGAGGGACUCUACUGCGGCACGCGGGACUGCUACGAGGUGCUGGGCGUGAGCCGCACGGCCAGCAAGGCGGAGAUCGCGCGGGCCUACCGCCAGCUGGCCCGGCGCUACCACCCCGACCGCUACCGGCCCGAGCCUGGCGAGGAGGGCCCGGGACGGACGCCGCAGAGCGCCGAGGAGGCCUUCCUGCUGGUGGCCACCGCCUACGAGACUCUCAAGGAUGAAGAAACUCGAAAGGAUUACGACUACAUGCUGGACCACCCGGAGGAGUACUACAGCCAUUACUACCACUACUACAGCAGGCGCCUGGCCCCCAGAGUGGACGUGAGGGCUGUGAUUUUAGUCAGCGUGUGCGCCAUUUCAGUGUUUCAGUUUUUCAGCUGGUGGAAUAGCUAUGACAAGACGAUCAGCUACCUGGCCACGGUGCCCAAGUACCGUAUCCAAGCCAUGGAGAUUGCCAAGCAGCAGGGAUUGCUGAGAAAAGCCAAAGAGAAGGGCAGAAACAAAAAGUCCAAAGAGGAAGUUCGUGAUGAGGAGGAGAACAUCAUAAAGAACAUUAUAAAAAGUAAAAUAGAUAUAAAGGGAGGCUAUCAGAAGCCCCAGAUGCGUGACCUUCUCCUGUUUCAGAUUCUCUUAGCUCCGUUUCACCUGUGCUCGUAUAUAGUGUGGUAUUGCCGAUGGAUCUAUAAUUUUAACAUCAAAGGCAAAGAAUACGGGGAAGAAGAAAGACUAUAUAUCAUACGUAAAUCUAUGAAGAUGUCAAAGUCUCAGUUUGAUAGUCUAGAAGAUCAUCAGAAAGAAACUUUUCUUAAACGGGAGCUUUGGAUAAAGGAGAAUUAUGAGGUCUACAAACAAGAGCAAGAAGAGGAACUAAAGAAAAGACUGGCAAAUGACCCUAGAUGGAAAAGAUAUAGGAGAUGGAUGAAGAAUGAAGGGCCUGGACGGUUGACGUUUGUGGAUGACUGAAGACCGCUGGAAUGCUGCUAUGCCAAACCUUAACUGUGAUACUAUUUCCAUAACUGAAUUAUUUUAGCAAUGUAUCGACUGCACCUCAGCAGUAACUAAAAUUCCUCAAGAAUUAGAUUAAACAGAAUAAUGUAGACAUUUAAACUUUCCCUUCAAACUUUAUACAUAAGGCAUUUAUGAUUGUUCAAUUUUUAUAAUCGAUUUGUGGAUUUUGUUAAAAGACUUGACAGGAAGAUUUAUUAGUUGCCAUUUAAAAGUUUUAUAUCUUUAGUGAAAAAUUUGACAUGAAAAUUUAUUAGAUACCAUUUAAAAAUAUUACGUGUUAAGUGUUUAUUCUUCAAAAGUGUUUCCUUAUUCUUUGUUAAGUGCUACAUUUUUCUGCUUUUGUGACCUCUGAUAGUUUCACAGAACGUAAUUAUAACACCAUUUAAUUACAUUAUUGAGCGUGUCUUUCUAGACACAAACUUCUUCAGCAAAACGAAUUCAACUAUCAUGUCAUCUUCAUGACAGUCAUUAUAGGAUUGAAAUAAGUUCAAAAUAUCUCUCUGGGAGAGUCUUCUGCUGGGCUGUCUUUAUACUAUCUCCCCCCCAGUCAUAAUAUUGUUAAUAAGAUCAGAAACUCUCCAGGAGAGUGAACGUACCUUCCUGUCCUUGUGGGAUGGUCUUGAUUACAGUCAUUAUAAGACUAUAACUGUGCUCGCAAACAUUUCUCCAGAAGAGGACCUCAGAAGAAGGUCUUUUUGUAACACAGCAUUGCUUUCUUAAUCUUCCCUUCAAUUAAAAAAAAAAAAACGUACAGAGCGAAAGUAGUGUAAUGAAAAGUUCAUAUGUUAUGAAGUCCUUGAUUAGUGAAAAAUCUAUUUUAUGUGAGCAUCUUUACAUGCAUUUAAACCAGAAAGAAGAAGUGCAUGGGUGUGUGCUGUUCUGUCAGACAAUGAAAUGUAAAUGUUUUAUGUGUGUGGAAGUGAAAGUAAUUCACACCUAAUUUGACUGAAUUGAGUAUGAUACUGGAGCAGAGUAUCGGAACACAUUCAUGGUAGCUGGUCAGUACUCCUGGUAAAAGAUACAUCCCAGCCCAUCAUUUUAAUAAAAUGGUUGCAAUAUAUCCCAAGUUUGUUGGUAUGCCAUUUUAAGUCAAAGAUUAACAUAUUGCUUCGGUAUUAUUUUAAAAGAUGUAGCGUAAAAGUAUAGUAUAUAGUAGAUAGGCAGAAUCAGUUUCUCCUCCAAGGAAACUCGGCCUUUCAAGAGCUCAGCCCAAAUAUCUGACACAUGGAAAGAUGGAGGAGGGAAAAGUUCACCAAACUUGUUAAUACAGCAAAAGACCUGAGGGGGAUUAUAUAUUUCUGUGAGUGAGGGCCUCAAUUACCUCAUUAGAAAAUCAGGGGAGCAGUCUGGCUAGAUUAUCACUAAGGUCCUUUUGCAGCUCUAAAAUUAUAUAAUAUUUAUAUUUUUGUAGACUUCAGAUGAAAGUGUUUUAUGCAUCCAUUCUUUUUUGGGAGGGUGGAGAAGUCACAGCCCUAAAUUAUAGGAAGCUGUGUUUCAAACCCCAAAUGCCCAACUCUUAACCAUAGAUAAAUGCCUUUGAAAGGUGCUGCAGUUGUCUAGAGAGUCAGUAAUCCCUAUCUCAGUGAAUGUGUUAUCAUACAUUUGACACACAACAGUAUUAUCUAAGAAUGAAAGUGUGUACCAUAUGUUACAAAGACCGGAAAGAAAUGUAGGUACUUGCCCUUCUGUUAAAAUUUCAAAUACGUUAAUGAUUAACUGUAUUUUUUUUUUUUUUUUAAACCUGAUGAUAAGGAAAAAUAAAAGGACUGAAUGUGUUAGCAUUCAUAAAGGUUGA